AUGUUGAGAGCCAAUAUAAGGCAAAGUUUGAAUAAGCCAAAGAGCCUGAUUACAAGAAAGUAUGCAACAUUAUCAUCAAAUAAUAUUGAUUUAUCGAUACUUAGGAAAUAUCCAGUUGGUUUAAAACAAUAUGGGUUUGAGAUUAUAAAUACUCAACCAAUUCCUGAAUUUUCAUUAGUUGCCGUAUUACUUAAGAAUGAAGUUAAUGGGUCACAACAUUUACAUUUAGAUUCUCAUAAUGAUAAUAAUAAUGUAUUUUCAAUUGCAUUUAAGACAAAUCCUCCAGAUAAUACUGGAGUACCUCAUAUAUUAGAACAUACAACAUUAUGUGGAUCGAAAAAGUUUCCAGUAAGAGAUCCUUUUUUCAAAAUGAAUAAUAGAAGUUUAAGUAAUUUCAUGAAUGCAAUGACUGGUCAUGAUUAUACUUUUUAUCCAUUUGCAACAACUAAUGCAAAAGAUUUUGAAAAUUUAAUGGACGUAUAUUUGUCAUCUGUUUUUGAACCACUACUUAAUUAUAAUGAUUUUUUACAAGAAGGUUGGAGAAUUGAGAAUUUAGAUGUCAAUGAUAUAAAUUCAAAUUUAGAAUUUAAAGGUGUCGUGUUUAAUGAAAUGAAAGGUCAAUAUUCAAAUUCAAUGUAUUAUUUUUAUAUUAAAUUUUUAGAGUCAAUUUACCCAAGCUUAAAUAAUUCUGGUGGUGAUCCUUUGAAAAUGACUAAACUAUCAUACGAGGAUUUAUUGCUGUUUCAUAAUAAACAUUAUCAUCCUUCAAAUGGAAGGACUUUUACCUAUGGUAAUUUACCAUUGAUUAAUCAUCUAAAAAGAUUAAGUGAAUAUUAUAAAGAAUUCGGAAAAAGAUCACCGAAUAGAGAUGUCAAAAAACCAAUAUUCACAACUAACUCAAAGGAGAAUACAUUCGAUGUAAAAGUUGCAGGUCCUUUGGAUACAAUGAUAGACAAAGACAUUUCCGAGCAGUUUAACUCAUCAGUCACUUGGAACUUGGGUAAUCCAUUAAAUCCAAAAAUGCAGAGUACAGUUUUUAAAUGGAAAAUUUUAAGUUCAUUAUUAUUUGAUGGUCAUAAUUCUCCCUUAUAUCAAAAUUUAAUUGAAACUGGAUAUUCAGAAGAUUUUUCAGCUAAUUCAGGUUUAGAUUCGACAACUGCAUUAUUAUCAUUCACCGUGGGGUUGAACUACUUAACUGAGUCGAAAGUUCCAGAAUUAGAGCCAAAAGUAAUCGAGAUCAUUAGAGAAGAUGUAUUACCAAAAUUAGCAGCAAAUGACAAGUCAUAUAACAAUAGAGUUGAAGCAUUAUUACAUCAAAUUGAAAUUGGAUUUAAAAAACAUAAACCCGAUUUUGGAUUUGGCUUAUUAAGUUCAUUGGUUCCAUCUUGGGUUAACGGAUCGAAUCCGUUAGAUAUACUAAGUGUUGAAACUGUACUAAAAGAAUUUAAAGACGAGUACCAUGAAAAGGGAUUGAAAAUGUUUGAUGAAUUAUUGAGUUCCACUAUUUUGAAUGAAAAUACUCAAAAAUUUAAGUUUACUAUGUAUCCAGAAGAACAAUUCAACUCAAACUUGAACAAACAAGAAAUUAAAAAUUUUGAAGAGAAAACUGAAAAAUUAACUGAAGAAGACAAGAAGAUCAUUUAUGACAGAAACAUCAAACUAGCUGAAUCUCAAGCCAAAGAGCAAGAUGUAAAUAUUUUACCAACUUUGACUAUUGAAGAUAUUUCCAAAAAAGGUGAUUUUUACUCAAUUGAAUAUUCCCCAUUGAUCAACUCAUCAAAUGACAAGGCUAUCAGCAAGCGGAUCGUAGACACAAACGGAUUAGUUUACGUUUAUGCAUUGAAAGACAUUUCAUAUUUACCUACAACCUUAUAUACAUACUUACCAUUAUUCAACAAUUGUUUAACUAACUUAGCGGGAACAUCACAAACUUCAAUAACAGAAUUAGAAACUAAAAUCCAAAUGCUUACUGGUGGAAUAUCAUUCAACAACAAAACAACAAUAGAUCCAUAUAACAUCAACAAAAUGAAAUUACAAUAUCUGUUGUCAGGAUUAUCAUUGAAACAAAAUUCAGAAAGCAUUUACGACUUAUGGUUUGAGAUACUCACUAAAACGAAAUUUAAUAGUGAUGAUGAAAUGGUGGUGGAUAAAUUAUACACAUUAAUUAGAAAUAUGGGACAGAAUCAAAUAAAUAAUAUAGCUGAUCGUGGUCACUCGUACGCUUGUGGAUUAAGUAACUCAAAAUUAACACCUGCUAAAUACGUUGGUGAAAUUACUGGUGGAUUGGAUCAAGUUCAAUUUAUAAUGGAGAUGAACAAGAAAUUAGAUGAACAGGGUAAAGAAUAUUUAUCAAAAGAGAUUUUACCGAAUUUGAAAAAAAUUCAACAAUUUAUUUUAGGUAGUGAGAGUCAGUUCAAAUAUAGAAUUGUUGGUGAUAAAGAAAUCAUAAAACAAAAUGAACCAUUAAUCAAUAAAUUCAAUCAAUCAAUACUUAAAGAAGAAUCAACAUCAAUAAACACUUCAAAAGGAUUAGACACAUUACUUUCAACAUUUGAUUACAACCACCCCACAGAAAAGACAUUAGUAAAUUUACCAUUCCAAGUAGGUUACACAUGUCUUGCUAAAAAAGGAACAUCAUUCGCAUCAAAAGAAGGAGCUCAUUUACAAAUCUUAUCACAAUUAUACACGUUUAAAAACUUGCAUUCCAAAAUUAGAGAAUCUAACGGUGCAUAUGGAGGUGGAUUAAAUUAUGAUGGAUUGGGAGGAACAUUAAAUUUCUACUCGUAUAGAGAUCCAAAUCCUAUAAAAUCAGUACAAACUUUUGAACAAUCAUUUCCUUACGGGUUAACUGCUGAUUGGACAGAAAGGGAUUUAACAGAAGCUAAAUUAAGAAUUUUCCAGUCGAUUGAUGCACCGAUAAAUAUAGCUAACCAAGGAUCAACUCAAUUUUUCGAUGAUAUUUCUGAUGAGUUGAGACAAGAAAGAAGAGAGAAUUUUUUAAAUACUAAUUUGCAAGAUUUAAGAUUAGUUACUGAAAAAUACCUUGUUGAUAAUCCUAAUAAUUUGAUUAGUGUUAUUGGGAAUAAUGAAUUGUUGAAAGUUAAUGAUGAAUGGAAAAUUAAAAAUAUGAAGUUAUGA